UCCCCACGACAAGCGAGAUCCAGCAACAGAGAGGCGGCGCCAAGGGUAUGUGCCCAGCCCAUGAUUAGUAAACGGGAAAAGUAUUCUUAAACACUGACCAUCUUUGCUCUCCACCUUAACAUUGAACGGGGGGGAAGCCCCCACUUUCAGCGGCAGACUGUGUUACUUUGUUGGUGUGAAAUUGGUAACUUCCUGUUGCAAAUUUUCUGGUGUAAGGACUUCUCUAUACGGACGUGAGAAUGUCGGGCAAGGUUUCACUGCAUGCACUCUUUUACCUCGCUGUUUUUGGAGUGGGAACCACAGUUGACAUAGACGACGAGGAUUUCAUCAAGAACUGCGUCGAUACCCACAAUCUAUACCGCUCUCAAGUCGACCCUCCCGCCAGCGACAUGCUGUACAUGUCGUGGGAUGGGAUUCUUGCUGAGGUAGCCCUUGCAUGGAGUAAGAAAUGCAUUUUUGAACACAACAGCGACCUACAAACAAAAGGCAAACUUCAUCCAGUAUUCAACACUCUUGGGGAGAACAUCCAUGUUACAACAGGUUCAAAAGUAAAUGUUACUGCUGCAAUCAAAAGUUGGUAUGAUGAGGUUAAACAUUACAAUUAUGAUUCUCGAAGAUGCACAAAGGUGUGUGGCCACUACACCCAGCUCGUCUGGGCAUCAAGUUACAAGGUCGGCUGUGCAGUUCACUACUGUCCAAACGGAAUUACUACCUUCACCUCCCGGCCUUCAUCCAUUUUUGUUUGUGAUUAUGGACCACCUGGAAAUUAUCCACGGCAUCCUUAUUCAAGAGGAAAAGCAUGUACUAAGUGCCCACAAGAAUGGUGUGAAAAUAAAUUGUGCAGAAAUGCAACACGUGAUGUGACAAGACAUUCAAAUUCCCCGUGUGACAAUUAUUGUAUUACAGUUUUAGUAAUCAGACCAUUUCUCAUUAUUAUUAUUGUCAGUGGAGUAUAUCUUGCACAACAGAAGUACACCAACAUGUUUGCCUAUGUAUAAUACACAUUAACCUUCUUCCAGCUCUGUAUUUGUUGCCUCCCUGAAUGUUGGAUUUUGCAGUUAAGAGGAAAAAAGUGAAACUUUCAUUAAUCCACAUGAAAACUAGAUCAAUUUCAAUCGCAAAUAUAUAAAUUUUUCAAGUAAACCCAUUUUAAAAAUUAACAUUCUCA